CUCUCUCCCUCUCUCUCUCCCCCUCCCUCCCCUCUCCUCCCUCCUCUCCGCCUGGCCCCCUCCCUUCUCCCCCUAUCCGCCCCCCAAUCAUGGACUUCCACGACGACCACGACGAGACUGUCCUCGCCUGGGGCGAUGCCGGUGCCCCGGUCCACCACCACCUCUACAUGGAUGAGGGCGUUGAUGGCGCCUUCGACCAGGAGGCCAUCCUCCCGACCGACGGCCACCCGACCGACCCGGUGCCCGAGCUCCUCGAUGACCCCUUCGGCACCAUCCCCACCUCCCAGCUCCAUACUGGCUCGGACAGCGGGAUCCCGACGGUCGAGAGCGCCUCCCCGGUGGCGACUCGGACUCCGGGGUCGCCGACCGGCGCCGAGGCCAGCUCCUCGCGGCUGACCAUCAGCUCCUCGGCUUCCGGGGCCGAGGGCCCCAUCUCCCCCCUGACCGCCGCCGGUCCUGGCGGAAAGUCCACCUCCAUGAUGGCCGACUUCGCCACCAGCCCGAUCCCCCCGCCCGUGGCCACUGGCGAGUGCACCAACCCGGACCUGGUCAUUGUUGUCGACCAGCCUCAGCGCCACGGCGAGGGCAUGGACAACUACACCUCCUACCUGGUGACGACCACGACCACCAUGCGCGAGUUCGCUCGGCAGACCGUGUCCGUUCGCCGGCGCUACGGGGACUUCGUCUGGCUGGCGGCGCGCCUGCGCCAUGCGCACCCGACUGCCAUCCUCCCCCCCCUGCCGGAGAAGAGCCGGCGCGCCUACCUCGACCGCAUGCAGCCGGCCUUUGUCGAGCGCCGCCGGGCGGCCCUGCAGCGCUUUAUGAACCGCUGCGCCUCGCACCCUGGCAUCUGUACCUCGCAGUGGCUGCGUCUUUUCCUGGAGGCCCCGCGCGCCGAGCUGGAGACCCGGAUUCAAAGCUCUAAGAUCCCUAAGGAUGACAUCUAUGAUGUGGUUCUCAACGUCCGUGACAUCAUCUACGAUGUGCUAGCCCUCUCAAAGACCGAGAACCCCGACCCCCGGUUCGUGCCCCACCACGAGUACCUUGCCGACCUGCAGCAGGCCCUCAGCAACCUGGAGAAGCUGUAUUCCCGUCUGCAGAAGAAGCAUCUGGACCUGGCGGCCGACCACUACGACUUCGGCUCCAUCCUGACCCUGAUGGCCGAGGAGGAGCGUGAUGCUCCGCGCCCGGCCGGGGCCGACCUCGCUCCCGGCUCCUCGUCGUCCGGCCACCAGGACAACACCCUCAGCUCCUUCUCGGCUGGGGCCGAGCCUCGUGAGCCUGGGACCUACUCGAUCGGCAGCUUCCCGCCGGCUUCCGGCCCUGUGGCCGCCGCGGUUUUCCGCACCAUGGCCGCGGCCGAGGAGGCCUUCUCCAUCGUGCAGAAGGACUUUGUGGAGUAUGUCGAGCGGAACUUCAUCGAGCAGAUCCACGACUACAUGCUUUACUGCUACACCAUUCGCGAUGUGCUGAAGUCCCGCGAGCAGCGCCAGAUCGAUAUGGAGGAGCUGGCCGAAAUCUCCCAGGAGCUGGCCGACAAGUAUGAGGAGCUCAAGAACCCGGAUGCCCCGGCCAGCACCUCCAGCUGGCUUUCUUCCCUCUCUGGCGAGAGCAAGGAGACUCGUGCCACCAAGAUCGGAGAAAAGCUCUCCCAGGUCCAGCAGGAGGCGCAGACUGCCUCGGAGAUCCACUCGCAGUUUGCGCAGCUGGCUCUGGUGGAGCUCGAGCAAAUCGGCCUCCAGCGUAGCCAGGAUUUCACUGCCCUCCUGCGCAACUAUGUCCAGGCCCAGGUUUCGCUCCUGCGCUCUGGUCGCUCGAUCUAUGCCACGGCCCUGGAGAAGAUCAAGGCCUACACCUCGGGCGACCUGCCCGCCGAGUGAGCGACCCCGUCUCCGCCCUUCCCCCCCCCUCCCCAUCCCUCUGAUCUUUCCCAUUUCCACCUUUUGCUGCUGGCGGAUCUCCGGUGUGUUCCUGUCUUUCAGCCUGGCCGACCCCGACAUCCCCGCUCCCCCCCCCCCC